UCAUCAUUCUAUUCAUUGUCCGGUUGGCAUCAGCGCCCAGCUUCUAAAUAUGAACGGCAUUUAGUUGUUGGUAAUAUAGCAUCGGUAUCUACAAAACCACCACCAUCUUGAUCCUGAACAUUGUCUGUAGACUGUCAACCAUCCAAUCCGACAAUGCUUUGGUUCACCACCGUCAUCCUCCUCCUCGUCGCUCUCUUGGGUAACGACGUCGACGCCGCUAAGCGUUUCGGCAAAAAGAAGACCAAACCCUGGGACGAUCCCGACAGAGAUAACGAGAAUGAUCUCUUAGUCACAAAGAAAGCUUUCUUUGAGAUGGAAAUAGACGACGAACCAGCUGGUCGUAUCGUUAUAGCUCUCUUCGGUGAUACGUGUCCAGUAACUGUUCAAAAUUUUGCUGCUAUUGUCAGAGGAAACUGGAGACAAGAUAAACGGUUGAGUUAUAACAACACACAGGUUCAUCGUAUCGUACAUGAUUUCGUCAUCCAGAUGGGUGACGUAACAGAAGGAGACGGAACUGGAGGUAAGAGCAUUUAUGGCAAUUUCUUUGCUGAUGAGAAUUUCUACCUACGUCACUGGGGUCCCGGAUGGGUUGCCAUGGCAAACUCUGGUCCUGAUACGAACAAUUCUCAAUUCUUCAUCUUAUUAACCAGAGCUAGAUGGUUGGAUGGUAAACACGUGGUCUUCGGCAGGGUUAUUGAGGGAAUGGACAUUGUUGAUAGAAUGGCUGAAGUGGAGACGGAUGAUCAUGGUUUUCCUCUUGAACCAAUUCGAAUCGUUGAUUGUGGAAUCAUCCCUGUACCAACCCCAUACCUUAUACCAAGCCCAGACGCUGAGGGCGCCCAACAAAAGAAGGAUAAAAAGAAGAGAUAGUUCAUGAAUAGAAUGGUAGACCUAAAUUAUUCAAAGUACUUAAGGUUUAAGGUUAUCAGUUAAUUCGGUUAAUUUAUAUAAUGAAAUAUAUUCGACCAUGUUUAAAUUAGUAUCUGUGAACAUCCUGGCUAGAUGUGAUUUUGUAAAAGCAGUUCAAUUAGAUGAAGAAAUUAUUCAAGGGAUCUUAUUUAAUUUUGUGUGAUUGUUUUGUAUGCAUGCUAAAAGAAAUACCAAUACAUGGGUUUACAAUAUUUUAACCUGGUUCGGUCUCUUGGUAUUUUGCAAUGUUUAGGUCAGUUUGUGUAGGAUGAAAUAUGUGUUGAUUAGUGGAGUUAGUGUCUUGAGAUAAUUUGUUUUGCAAUACAUUUGUUGUGGAUUCAUCUUCAUGUAUGAAUAGUGAAUGUAAUAAAUUGAC